UCCGAUGUUUUCCUGUCCUGCUCAUGGCUGCAUGACAUGCUCACCUACUCGGUGACCUCUUCCCGUCCGCUUAAUAGUGUCCACAUUGGCUCACGAGCGGACGCACAUUUCUGCAAAGGCUGCCCAAGAGACAGCUGGGUAGGCCCCACAACGGCCCGGUUUCCUUUCUUACCUCCAUGGAUCAAAUGGUGCUGGAGCGGGCCCGUGAGGCCUUCGUGACGGACGACAGGGGCAAGAGAGACCCCGAGGCUUGCGCCGAACACGGGGAGAAGGUCACACUCUUCUGCUUAGAAGACCUCGAGCCCAUUUGUGGAAUGUGUGGGAAGGGCGCAGCCCACAGAGGACAUAGGCUCUAUCCUAUUGGAGAAGGUGCUCAUGACUGUAAGGAGGAGCUGAAGGGUGCCCUGCGGCCUUUGAAGGAGAAGCUGCAGCUGUACAAGACAGCCAAAAUGGUGUGCGAAGACAUGGUCGAGCAUGUCAAGUGCCAGGCAGAACACACAGAGACUCAGAUCAAGGCGGAAUUCGAGGCCCUCCACCGCUUCCUGCAGGAGCAGGAGGCGGCCAGGCUCUCCGCCCUGAAGGCCGAGGAGGCUCAGAAGAACCUGAUGAUCCAGCAGAGCAUCGAGGAGAUGAACGAGGAGAUGGCGUCGCUCUCCAAUGUGAUCCGCUUGGUGGAACAGGAGAUGCAAACAAAAGACAUCCCGUUUCUUAAGAAUUACAAGGAAAUCAUCAGGAGAACCUGGGUCAGUUCCUUCGAGCCACAAACGCUUUCUGGUGCUCUGAUUGAUGUGGCGAAGCAUCUUGGAACGCUCAAAUAUCAAGUGUGGGAGAAGAUGCAGAAAAUAGUGAAAUACAGUCCAGUCGUCAUGGAUCCCAACACGGCAGCCAACUGCUUCAUCCUGUCAGAGGACCUGACAGUGGUUCAAAACUCCACGCAGAACUUCAAGCUUCCAAACAACCUGGAGCGCUUCGACGUCAGCGCGGAGAUGCUGGCUGCUGAGGGUUACUCUUCCGGGCGCCACAGCUGGAGUGUGGAGGUGAAGGACAACACCUACUGGGUGGUGGGCGUGGCAAGCGAGUCCAUCAACAGAAAGGGCAAGCAUGUGUUGACGCCCGCCGAGGGUUUCUGGACGAUACGCUUCCGCAAUGGCGAGCACAAAGCCUGCACGGCGCCUUGGGAGCCGCUCAACAUGACAAGCAAGCCGGACGUGAUCAGGGUGCUUUUGGACAUGGACCGAGGCAAGGUGACCUUUUAUGACCCCGCGGAGAGAGUGCCACUGUACACUUUCACUGAUGUCAUUACACCAAAAGCCUUUCCUUACUUUUGCACGGCCUGCAAGGAGCAUCCGCUGAAAAUCCUGCCGGCAAAAAUAACUCUUUUAACGGACUGAAUCCACUGAAAGUUGAAAGGUGAUGGAGAAUUGUUCUGAAGCGAGGGACAGGUACGGGAAUAAAGUGGAACGAAUGCACCAGCCUUGGAGUUUUAUUGACAUACAGUAGAUCAGCUGUUGUUGUUUCCCAAGUACAACUUCAGGAACAUUUUGCUUGACAAGUACCACUGUUUUUGCUGCCUCUGCUUACCAUCAAUUACCAUGAGCGGCCUACUCUUCUCAU